CCGCAGUUCGUGACCUCAUCCGAGAGUACCACGACGUUUUCCCAUCGUCGUUCUCGUACAUCGGCAUCCCACCGAUGCGUUAUGUCGAGCACUCCAUUCAGCUUGAGCCUGACUAUCGUGUUCACCACCAGGCACCCUACAGACUCUCGAUUCCCGAGGCCACCAAACUCAAGCGUCAGCUUGAGGAGCUCCUGAGACUGGGUUUCAUUAAUCCCAGCAAAUCCCCGUGGGGUGCACCCGUCCUCUUUGCUCGCAAAGCGGAUGGAACUCUCCGUCUCUGCAUUGACUAUCGCGGUCUCAACCGCUACACGGUUAAGAACAGCUACCCCAGGCCUCGUUCCGAUGAGAUGUUCGACCGCCUAGCAGGCAACCGCUUCUUUACGAAGAUUGAUCUUCGUAGCGGUUACCAUCGGAUCCGCGUCGCUGCAGCCGACCAGCCGAAGACAGCGUUCCAAUCGCGCUUCGGCCACUACGAGUUUACGGUGAUCCCAUUCGGCCUCACCAAUGCACCCGCCACCUUCCAGAGGGCGAUGAACGACAUCUUCAGGGACAUCCUGGAGCAGUACGUUCUCGUCUACCUCGACGAUAUCCUGGUCUAUAGUCGUACCCUUGAGGAGCACCUCAAGCACCUCCGCGACGUCCUUAACCGUUCGCGCAGACAUGGCUUCUACGCCAAGCUGAGCAAGUGCCGAUUUGCCCAGCACAAAGUGGAUUUCUUAGGACACUACGUGUCUGACCAGGGUCUCCACAUGGACGACGCGAAGAUCACUGCUAUUGCGGAGUGGCCCGCCCCCACAUCCGCCAAGCAGCUUCGCAGCUUCCUAGGCCUAACCAGCUACUAUAGUAACUUCAUCCGAGGAUACGCUAGGUAUUCCUACGUCCUUACCUCCACCCUUCUCCGAAAGAACCCACCCUGGGCUUGGACACCCCUCCACGAGGACGCCUUCCGCGCCCUCAAGAAGGCGGUAACAUGCACACCGGUUCUUCACCUACCCGUUUUUGACCGCCCUUUUAUCCUUACCACUGAUGCGUCAGACUUCGCUGUAGGAGCAGUGCUUUCUCAUGUUUUCCCCUCCUCUCUUGAUUCCUUUCAUCCUCGUAUCCCUCGCUUCCCACCACCUACCCCUACCACUGCUUCCCGACUGACUCCUACUCGUCCAGCUACUGACGAGCCUUCUAUUGACUAUUCUCCUACCAUCGCCGAGGACGGCACUGUCGAGUCUCGCUCCGGUGAUUGUCCGAUAGCCUUCUACUCCCGUCAGCUCCUGCCCGCCGAGAUAAACUACACUGCUGAUGAACGUGAGGUUCUCGCAGUAGUUUAUGUCGCUCGGCACUGGCGUCACUACCUGCACGGAGCACCGUUCACGAUGCGUACAAACAACUCUGUUGUCCAGACUUUUCUGACAAAACCGAAGCUCACUCCUCGACAGGCUCGCUGGUGGCGCGACCUAUCCGAGUUUAGUUUCACCACUGAGCACAUCAAGGGUGAAACUAAUCGGGUCGCAGAUGCCUUAUCCCGACGCCCUGACCACGACCAGGAGCACAUCCAGCUCUCUUYCAUCUCGGUCACCACCGUCCACCACUCGGUGAUCGACGAGUUUUGCACUCAGUACCGCCACUGCCCCGACUAUCGCGAUAUCCACGCGACCCUUCGGAGUGGCAAGACCGUCCCGAACUACUCUCUCGGGGACAACGGUCUUGUGYACWGGCACGGUUCACAGGGCACCAGAGAGCCCCGUAUUUGCGUUCCCUCCACUGGACAGCUACGUGUCCGAGCAGUAGCAGAGUUCCAUAACCAGGCAGCUGCCAGUCAUAUGGGCUUCCACAAGACAUUGGCUCGUGUGAGCCGCCUGUACGUCUGGCCGAAGCCCAAGGACUUUGUGAAGGACUACGUCACAGAGUGUCUUACCUGUCAGGAGGUGAACAGUGCGAACCACUUGCCUUAUGGUUUGCUCCAUCCUCUUCCUAUCCCUGAGGGUCGUUGGCAGUCCAUCUCGAUGGACUUUAUCGGUCCUCUUCGUCCUCCGACCCCUCGCGGUCAUGAUGCUAUCCUGGUCGUCAUCGACCGCUUCAAGAAGCGUGCACGCUUUGUUCCGUGUCGAUAUGCCAUCAGUGCACGUGAGGUCGCCGACAUCGUGUUCGACCGAGUCGUGCGUGACCACGACUUACCUCUGAGCAUCAUAUCUAACAGUGACCCGCGCUUUACCAGCCGAUUCUGGCGACGGCUCCACGAGGUAUACGGCACUCAGCUUCGCUUCUCUUCGUCUUACCAUCCUCAGAUUCAUGGUCAGACCGAGAUCACGAACAGGAUUCUCGGAGAUAUUCUUCGAAAGAUUGUUCGUGACGACCAGCAGUGGGAUCUUCAUCUUGCCCACGCGGAGAUAGCCUACAACCACGCGGUCUCGCCAGCCACGGGGAUGUCACCUUACUAUUGCGACCUCAGCUAUCACCCUCGUGCUCCCGCUGACUUCCUUCGACCGUCCCAGAUGCACCCUGACACGAGUUGUCCCGCGCUGGAUGAUUGGGUUGCACACAUGACGUCGAUUAUGAAGACCGCACAUGAGCACAUAGCCGCUUCCCAGACUCGCAUGGCAGCACGUGUGAACCGAUCGAGAAUGGAUCAUCCAUUCAAAGUCGGUGAUGAUGUGCUUAUCGACGCCCGCCACUUACAGCUUGAAGCGRACACKCUUCGCAAGUUUCGGCGUCGCUUCUUUGGCCCAUGCCGCAUCCUCCAGGCCGUCGGUUCUGAUACGGCAUCUAGCCCGGUCAGCUUUCGUUUGAAGCUGCCCGACUACCUACGCCAGGUUCGUGUGCAUGAUGUCUACCACGUCUCAUUACUGUGUCCUUACCGCAGACCGUCUGAGCGUUUCGCUGGACGACCAUACGAGCGCCCUCCACCCAUCAUGGUGGACGGCCACGAGGAGUUCCUCGUUUCAGACAUCAUUGGUCGCCGAGUCACCGACGACAACCCUCCCCACGUCGAGUAUCUCGUACGUUGGAAGGGUUACCCUGAUGAGGAGGCUACUUGGGAGCCCCUCGAGCACUUGCAGCACGCUCGCAUGUUGGUGCGUGCCUAUGACCGUGCUCGUCGUGCUGGGUUCACUGCUCCUCCUCAGCCCAGUGACCCUCCUCCUUCUCCUUCGGCUGAGGAGACCGCUGAAGUCGAGCCUGCUCCAUCUGAGGCAGACCUUCAGCAGCAGCCGGAUGCUUCUGAGCGUCCACACGCACUCGUCGUCGUCCUGCUCGAUACGACAAUUGACUCAGACUUACCUUCCCACGUCUUCGACUUCACAGUACUCCAUCCACAUCAGGUUUGCUACUUCUGCUCGUCGACGCUGCGGCUCUUCCUCGACGACAUUCCCGACUUCUUAUCAUGGACGUCAUCGACAGCUUCUUGGACUUCAUCACGAUCAGCUCUGCCUACUUCAGACGUCGUCACUCUCUUACCACUCUACCCUGUACAGUACCCUGCUUGUGUUGCAUGAUGGUCUCCCUUUAGCCGGGUUCCUCUGAGUUGGGUUCUCCCUUGGUAUAUGCAUAGGCAUCGGGACCGUAGCGUUGCCCUGGCU